AUGUUCAGUGGCAUAGCUGCUCUCCAGCCAUUGCAACAUUUGGCUCACCCUUUACCUAUGCCAUCUCUGUUUGCUUUCUGGCUGACAGAGCAGGCGAUCGCCCGCUGGGCCCACAUCCGAGCGCCUGCCUCUAGGACCUUGCGAGCUUGUUUUCGCUGGUGUUUCAGAAGAUUGCGUUGCCUGUUCGAUGCUCAGGAUGAGCGGCCUGCACAUGUGUGGCCUAAUCCAAAAUCCACUGAUGGUGAUGGCGAGACUUCGGUCAACUUUACCGUGCUUGGUGUUAAGCCCAUAAUAUUACACCGCACGGAGACGCAACAGUCCGAAUCAAACCCCAAUAUUCAUGAGUCUCCUAAAGAACAUAGCAUUGUCAUUGCUAUGUUACCACUGUGUUUGGAGCAGAAGGAUUUUGAGAUCAAAGACUCCUACAAACAUCCCAUGAGCCUGAGUUUGCGCUCUCCCAGUGCCACCCUUGUAACAAAUUCUGCAGCACAUGGCAAAUCUAAAGCAGCUGAGACUGAGGCUGCUCCCAAACUCUAUCACCCAGUUGCCGCUGGUCCUUACAGAGAAACUGGGUCACAUACCGCCUGUCCUUCUUCUAACUGCGAGAUGCGACUGAAAACGAGAGAAACCGCUAAAACAUGUGGAAAUCAACGUUACAUAUUACCUUGCGGAGGCUGCCAGGGCGUUAAUACGGCUGUGAACGAGGCACGUGGUCAUGGAGGCUAUGAUUCUGAUUUUAGUGAUGAGGAGAAUGGAGGGAAGUCUGUGCAAAAGACUAAAAGUAUAAAGGAAGAUGGCCUUCUGAUAAAGCCAUUCCAAAAAGCAAAACAAGGCGGUAUGGUUCACAGACAAUUUGCAGCGGAAGCAUGGGAUAGGGAAGAAGCAAGAAAAAGAAGAUUUCACUUGAUAGCGAUGGAUGCUUAUGAAAGACAUAAAAAGUUUGUGAAUGACUACAUUUUAUACUAUGGUGGCAAAAUAGAGGAUUUCCGACGUUCUGGAGCAAAUGACAAGACGGAUCUUGAUGUUAUUAGAGAAAACCAUAGAUUCCUGUGGAACGAAGAUGAUGAAGCAGACAUGAAUUGGGAGAAGAGACUUGCGAAGAAGUAUUAUGACAAAUUGUUCAAAGAAUACUGUAUAGCAGAUCUCAGUAGAUACAAAGAGAAUAAGUUUGGAUUUAGAUGGCGACAUGAGAAAGAAGUAAUUUCAGGAAAAGGUCAGUUUUCCUGUGGAAAUAAGCACUGUGAUGAGAAAGAAGGCCUGAGGAGCUGGGAGGUGAAUUUUGGUUACGUUGAGCAUGGUGAAAAGAGGAAUGCACUUGUGAAAUUGAGACUAUGUCCAGAAUGUUCCUCCAAACUAAACUUUCAUCACCGGAGGAAAGAAGUCAAAGCACGCAAGAAAAGAGGCACAGCUGUACCGAAUUCUAAAGAGCCAAAAAUUAAGAAGAGAAAAUUAUCUUGUUCAGCAAAAAAGAAAUCCAAGAAAAAGACCCAUAAAGAUCAGGUUUCUUCAGAAGAUUCAGAUAAUUCUGAUAAAGAUUCAGGUAACAGCGAUGCACAAGAUGGUCCUUCAGAUGCUGACUUUUGGAAAGGUCCGCCACAAGAAGCAGAUGAAAAAUCACGGGAAGAGGAGUUUGAUGAGUAUUUUCAAGACUUGUUUCUCUGA